CUUGCUAAUUUUAUUCUCUUACCUAGCACCUUUCGAUCUGUCGCAAGCUAUCGUGAGCUUUUCGCGUUGAUUUUUUUUUCUUUGCUACCAUUCUCCACCGGUCAUAACGCCAGAAUGGCCGUGGAUACGGGAGAAUCGCAGCCCAACCAGCUACCUAAAGGUGUCGUAAUAGGAAAGGAUGGUAAGCCUUGUCGAUCAUGCACAUCAAAGAAAGACUUCGCAUCGUGGGCACAAAUGACAAAAUCCUCGCUCAAGUCAGGCAGUAGCGCCGCAACAAGCGCUGCUGCCGGUGUUGGGGCUGGCGCCCUCGCUGCCUCUACGUUUGCAACGCCCGCUACUCCGGACGACUGCCCCGCCGACGUCGAGACAUUAGGUCGAAGUACAUGGACACUGUUACAUUCCAUCGCGGCAACAUACCCUAAACAACCUAGCGUUACCCAGCAAUCUGACCUCAAGACCUUCAUGGGAAUCUUCUCAAGACUGUAUCCAUGCUGGGUAUGCGCCGAGGAUUUUCAGAACUACAUGCAGAAAGAGCAAAUCCAGGUUGGCAGUCGCGACGAUUUCGGCAAGUGGUUGUGCGAGGCGCAUAAUGCGGUCAACGUGAAGUUGGGUAAAGAUAAGUUCGACUGCUCUAAGUGGGAAGAGAGAUGGCGGACUGGCUGGAAAGAUGGACGUUGUGGCUGAGAUAAACGAGCGAGAGAACGAUUUCGAUUCGGGUCCAGGAAUCUGAUCUGCCUGCUGACGCCGACUCCUCGCAACUCUCCCCCCCUUCCUCUCCGCAAACGGAUGACGAUUGUGCAACUUCAGAAAUUGCGGCUGAUUCGCGAUGGAUGAAGUUAGUCCUGUACUACUUAUCUAAUGUACUAUAGUAUCUUUGUCACGAGAGAUGACUAACGACCGCAUAAAUGAUGUUUCAGAAUUAGAUAUUAGAGAUAGCUUCACCGCUCAUAAAUAUGUAUUGGAAUCAUGAGAUUUGACAUCUGGGUUGUUAUGACCGGUUGACCCGAAUGAUCUGGCAGUCUGGGUAUCUUGGUCAAAUCUUAAUGCGCAGCAUUAUACUGGGUCGUUCCAGACCGGCGGUCCAGAGCUAGCCGGCUAGUCAAAGUAACUCGGGGGCGGCCGAUUGGCGUGCUGUAUAAUGGAGACUUCUCAGCUCUGGAGGGCUUGAAUUGUUAGGUACUAGGCAGCUAGGUAGGUAAGAUUCGAGUAAUAUUCAUGAAGAUGUGAAGUGAAUUGUAUGAUGACUGAAUUGAGUUAUG